UUUCUUAUUACAAAAACACAAAUAGACAAGGUUAACUAAAACUUGAACUUGCAAUCCUAGUUAAUCCAAAACAAACUGGCCAUGAAAAGUCUAAACGCAGAGGACGGGGGACCGUGUCCACAAUCCAUGGCGAAUGCUGUAGAAAAUCUUGAAGAAACCUUGAAACCCUUUUACCAGAGAGCUUCAGAAGCUGAGGACCGUUUGGCAAGACUUGAAGCCUCCCUUGUCAACAAGAACAGUUCUGGAAAUAAUGAGGAAUUGGUAAAAAUGGUUCGAGAACUCCAGGAAAAGUUGGAUGCUGCGAAAGUCGAACUAGUUGCAGAGAAAGAGAAGGGUCUCAAAGAAGUGCAAAAGCUCAAUGCAGAAAAUGCAAAACUCCAAAACCGUAUUAUACAUCUUGUACGAGCCUUAAGGGAAGCUGAUAGCAAAAUAGCAUCAAACCAAGGCUGCCAGUGAAAUUUCUUAUUCUAUUUUGUGCCCCAAACUAGAUGGUAAGUUUUCUAUGUAGUUUCCCAAUUCAUUUUUUUUUUCCUGGUGAUAGUUUGAUACAUUUCUUGUUACAUGGUAUGGUAAUAUAGUGGUCAUUUGAAUUCUAGUUCUUUAUUACCAGUUGCUUACCAUAAAACCUCAAGCUCAGUUGAUUUUUGAUGCACUCCAGUUUAGUUCUCCUAGCCCUUAUGUUCAUGUAAACUAAAAGGCUAGCUAUGUAUCCUCAAUGGCCUUCGGGGCAAUAUGAGGUGUAUGAUAUAUUGUUGAAGUCUAUGCCACUUGGGUUCCAUUAGUUCUAUUUUCCCAGAAAAUGGUAUUUAGGUUUUUCUUAUGCACAUCCAGAGAAGCUGUGCACACCAGCCUCUCCGGCGAAUACAGCUCCGGAGGCGGCAAAAAUCUCCGGCAGAAGCAGCCAAGAGAAGCACCUUCUGAUGAAUUACAACCGUACUUCGUUAUCUUCAGCAAAUCAAUAGCGAUUAGAUGGUCUGUCAUUGAACCUUAUCUUCAAGAACUUCAUCGGCUACUUCGUGCUUUCCUUUUCAACUCCCAAACUUUGUGACGGAUUGAAUAAUUUUUUUAACUCUUACCUUCUGGUGUGAAAACUUGUGAAAACUUGGGUAUUC